UUACGUUGCGUCACGUGGAGGUGGCGGCAAUGGCGGCGGCGGCGAGGGAGCCCGGGGCGGGCGGCGCCGCGGAGGAGGCGUUCCUCACCUUCUACAGCGAGGUAAAGCAAAUUGAAAAACGAGACUCGGUUUUAACAUCCAAAAACCAAAUCGACCGGCUCACCCGACCUGGAUCUUCCUAUUUCAACCUGAACCCUUUUGAGGUCCUGCAGAUGGAUCCUGAAGCCACAGAUGAAGAGAUAAAGAAAAGAUUCCGGCAGUUGUCAAUAUUGGUGCAUCCAGACAAAAACCAAGAUGAUGCAGAUAGAGCUCAGAAGGCGUUUGAAGCUGUAGAUAAAGCGUACAAGUUGCUGCUAGAUCAGGAGCAGAAGAAGAGGGCCUUGGAUGUGAUCCAGGCAGGAAAAGAAUAUGUGGAACACACUGUGAAAGAAAAAAAGAAGCAGUUGAAGAAGGAUGGGAAACCAGCCACUGUAGAGGAGGAUGAUCCUGAAGUUUUCAAACAAGCCGUAUACAAGCAGACGAUGAAGCUCUUUGCUGAACUGGAAAUUAAGAGGAAAGAAAGAGAAGCAAAAGAAAUGCAUGAAAGGAAGCGGCAGAGGGAAGAGGAAAUAGAGGCACAAGAGAAAGCUAAACGAGAGCGAGAAUGGCAGAAGAACUUUGAGGAAAGCCGGGAUGGUCGUGUGGACAGCUGGAGGAACUUCCAGGCCAAUACAAAGGGGAAGAAAGAAAAGAAGAACAGGACCUUCCUGAGACCUCCCAAAGUAAAAAUGGAGCAGCGGGAAUGAUCCUGGCACUGCCCAGGCGCAGCUCCUCAGUCCCCUCCCUGCUUUUAAGGACUCAUUGGCACCUAGAGUAAGAAUUGCUUUUCAGUUGAGUUUGGUUUCAGUAUAAUUAUUGGUCGAAGUAUUUUUUUGUACUCUGUCCAUUUGAACUAGGGCCAUAGUAGGAACUUGGCCAGGACCCCGCUACAUGUAGAACACUUGGCUUAGGAGGUCCCCACCAUUAUUGCUGUCCUGUUUGUCUGCUGCCCUGUAACUCAAUGUUUUGUACUUCACACACAUUGUGUGUUUCACCACUUCCAUUUCCAGUUUGAGAGCUGAACAAAGCACUGGAAAUGCAUCCGUGCCUUUCCAGGCAUCAUCUUUCUCAGCAAGUUCAGCCUCAGAAAGGUCCGAGCUGACUCUGGGAAUCUGCUUCCAGCACUAUGCAGUGCAUCUGACCUGCAGUUUGAGUCCUGCAGCUCUCACUGAACUGGGUGGUGCUUGGAAAGACGCCUCCCCACACACCCCAAGAUCUGAUUUCCAGCCUAAAAUCCCAGCUCUCAGGCUUAGACUUGUGUUAAUCUCAGGCCAGCUGGUCCCUUCCUGUAAAGGAAAAAUAACUUCUCUUGAUUCAUAGUUCAGUUGCAGUGGUCUGUAUGUAAAAUAAAUUUUUACCCAAGUUA